CGGAAAUGCAAAGGCACCAAACAUUAUGUUGAUGUGCGAGGCGUCAGUGUGUCGAAUAGUUUCCGAUGUAGUUAAAACGCAAGACGGCGGUGAUAGGAUCUAUUAUGCAUGAGUAGCUAUUUCUAUCGACACCGUUUCUUGGCGAGUCUCCAAAUUCGCGAGGAGUUGCGUUUGACAGGAGACAACUGCUGUAGGAAGGUAUGGAAAGUGAACACCAGCCCAUCGCGGCAGACUCUCCGUCCUCCGAGUUAUACGAUGAACGAGCAGCCAUCAAACCAGCGUUCCACCACGAGUACAGUGAGAGUGGUGGAGGCACCAGUAGACAGGGCAAACAAGGAUGGAUGGGCUUCUCUGUACCCAAACGCUACGUUCUUGCUUUCAUGGCUUUCCUAGGCUUUGGCAAUGUCUAUGCCCUGAGAGUGAAUCUGAGUGUCGCCAUUGUUGCGAUGACCAAGAACAGAACAGUUCUUCUGAAUGGAAAUGAUACUGUGGAGUCGCCGGCUGACUUUGACUGGGACAACAACCUCCAGGGAGCAGUGCUGGCCUCCUUCUUCUACGGAUACAUCUUAACCCAGUUGCCUGGAGGGUUCCUGGCCACGAGGUAUGGAGGGAAGUAUCUGUUUGGAGGAGGAAUCUUUGUCACAGCCGUCCUCACCAUUCUUACGCCGGUGUUCGCCACCUGGAGUGUGUAUCUCCUCAUCGCUGUCAGGGUCAUCGAGGGACUGUUUGAGGGGGUGACGUACCCAGCCAUCCAUGCAAUGUGGUCCAAGUGGGCUCCACCCCAGGAAAAGACCAAACUGGCCACAUUUGCCUUCUCAGGUGCCUACUUUGGGACUGUGUUGGCGAUGCCUGCAUGUGGCUCCCUUGCUGCGAGUUCAGGGGGCUGGCAAUCCAUCUUCUAUGUGUUUGGGUCGGUGGGAGUUCUGUGGUUCCUCUUCUGGUGCAUCUUUAUCUCGGAGAGUCCAGCCAAACACCCGACCAUCAGUAACGCUGAGCUGGAGUACAUCCAACAGGCUAUAGGCUACACAGAUGAGCAGACAAAGAGGAUUCACCCACCUUGGCUGUCCAUGUUGACGUCACUGCCGGUGUGGGCGAUCGUGGUGGCCCACUUUGCCGAGAACUGGGGCUUCUACACCUGGCUUACAGAACUGCCCACAUUCCUGAACUCAGUGCUGCACUUUAAGCUGGAUCAGGGAGGGUUCCUGGCUGCUCUGCCCUACCUGGUGAUGGGCCUGGUUGUGCUGACCAGUGGUCAUCUUGCAGACAUUAUGCGUGGGCCACUCGGGGUCUCCACUGGCAUUGUCAGAAGGAUAUUUACCUGUGGAGCAUUUGCUAUCCAGGCUGUGUUUAUGAUAGCGGCUGGCUAUCUGAUGACACCAGUGGCUGGGAUGACGUGUCUGACCAUCGCAGUUGGUCUAGGGGGAUUCGCCUGGUCUGGGUUCAGUGUCAACCAUCUUGACCUUGCCCCACAGUAUGCCAGCAUCCUAAUGGGGCUCUCCAACACCUUCGCCACCAUCCCGGGAAUUGUCAGCCCCAGCCUCACCAGUGCCAUUGUGACCAGCAAGGACAACGCUGGCCAGUGGCAGAUCAUCUUCUAUCUGGCGGCUGCUGUGUAUGGCGGCGGCGCUAUCAUAUAUGGAAUCCUGGCAGGCGGGGAGAGGCAGAAGUGGGCGGAGCUUCCCCUGGGGUACCAGCCUCAUCUUGAUGACCCAGAGAAGGACCAGUAGGCGG